AUGGCGGCACAGGAUCCAGUGCCUGGAUGCUCCCAACAUCCAGGUAUGGGUUUUGUCUACGUGUGUAAGACCUGUGACAAUCAGCUGAUCUGUAUGGAUUGUGUAGUAGGCUAUCAUAAUCAACAUGACCUUGGCAAAUUAACGGAGCAUAUUUUGGACCAAAAACGUCAAAUUCGGCAAUUUCAGGAAAAACUUUUAAAAACGGACAUUCCAAAAUUAGAGAAAGAUAUUGAAGAAAAUGAUGAAAGGUUCGAUGAAAGUAGUGAACAGCUAAGGAAAGUGAUAGACGACAUCAAAAGCCAGGGUGAAAGUAUUAAAACAGAAAUCGAUCGACUUAUUGAGAAAUCAGUAAAACUUUGUAGAGAAUUGGUGAAAGCAAAUUCCGAAAUCACUGUGAAGAAUAAGACUACAUUGAUAAAACACGUAAGGGAAGUAAUUAGACCCCGACUAGCCAGAUGUCAGCAGGUAGUGACUUCCGGUUCAAAUUUUGACGUCAUCACUGUAGCAAAAGAAGUCAGGUGUACUUCAACUGCACCACCGGAUGUAGGAAGUUUGAAGACAGCAGUCUUCAAACCGGGAACAGUUCAUACUGGACAUCUAGAGGGGAUGUUAGGUACGGUACUAUUUGACAGUGAGAAUCCUGUAUUUCAAUCUCUCCCAAAGACUACUCUUGUUUCCAGUUUCAAAGCACCCUUUCAAUACGAUGUUUGUCAUAUAUGUGGUACAGGUGACGAGGCUUGGUUGUCAUACUGGAAUGAAAGCAAAAUAUACCGAGUGGAUCAAAAAGGAGACAGCAAGGAGAGGAUAAAGUGUAAAGUCAAAGUGGAGUCAAUCAGCGUCUCGCCGACCACGGGGAGGGUGUGGUUCUGUGUCAAAGAAGACAAAAGCAUCAGGGAAUGUACGUCGGAUGGUAAGAUGGUGAUACGUUUUAAGGUAGAAUCUGCCCCGAGGUCUUUGUGUACCACACGAGAAGACAUGGUGGUGGUGGGAAUGAAGGGUGGAAUAUUCCUGUAUGCAAUAGACGGACGGAGGGUGACACAUGGAGCGGGCAGUGUUUGUAGACAGAAGGCGAAUGUGCCCAAUCGCAUCACGUGUUGUCCAUACACCGGAAAUAUAGCUGCUGUUGAUAAUGACGGUGUGGAUUUUGAGAACUACAUUAAUGGCAAGGAACAAGGAAAACAGCCGCGGGUCAUUCUGAUGGACAACCAUCUGGACCUUAAAUUCCAAUGUCGGUACUUGGAGCCUAUGAACCUACAAACAGGUGAAAGUCAACAGUCCAAGUUCUACCCGCGUGACGUUUGUUUUGACGGAGGAGGCGAUGUUCUUACGGCGGAAGGGGUGACAAAGUCAGUGAUGCUUAUAGACGGGGACAAUGGACACUUCCUGCGGACUAUAUACGUCUGUGAUGUAUCGGUACCACGGUGCAUCAGCCUACAGGGUGAUCGUGUCAUCUGGAUCGGAGACGAGGCUAAUACAUUUACAAUAAUGAAAUACAGAUGA